AUGUUCUGCCUCAGAAGCUGGCUCCCCCUCCUCUUCAUCCCUACCAACGCCUCGCCGGCCUUCAUCUUCCUCUUCUUCGUAUGCACCUACUUCCUCAACCGGCCCUGCGUGUACUGCUCCAUCCUCCUGCUCAUCCUGUUCCUCACGUCAUGCAACUGGUCCGACCGAUGCUUCUUCGACUUCCAGAGCAACUGGUUCCUCCCGCGGCCGAGCACCACGGCCGAGCACGCCGACCCGUCGUUCAACGCUACCGUGGUGGAAAUGGCAAACUCGACGGCCAAGGCGCUGGCCGGCGCGGCAGCCGACGCCGUCUCUACCAAGGGCACCGAGUGGACCGGUCUCGGGGUGGAGUGGCUGCGGACGUUGUUGGGCAAGAGAGAGUGGAAGGUGGACUGCAUGGACAUCUACAUCCAGUUGUGA